UGGAAACGGCAUUGCACGUCGUUUAUCUCAGAGUCGAAUAAUACCUCGCUGACCAUAUCUUGUUCGUGUCUUGUGAAGGUUGACAAACAAGAACGAGAACGAGACAAGCACAGUGGUACCCGAACAGUAACACCUUUCUUCCCAAAGUAAAAUGGAUUGUGACCCUUGAACUGAUCUUUUUACAAUAUUGGUCAACUGAAAUUUUCGUCCUUUCAUCUGGGUUUGCUUCAAAAUCAGUUUUUUUUUCCUUCCACUUCCUCUACCUUGUUUGUUCCUCUUUUGCUUCUUCUGUUUGAGGCAGCUUUCUCUUCUUGUUGAUCACUAAACAUGUCUGGUACUUAAGUCAUAGGAUUAUGGCUAUGUCAGUUGCACCAGUUGAGAGUAUCGCCUCAUUAAGUAGUGAUCUCUUCUAUGACAUAUUACGACGUCUCGAUGGCCCUACGUUGGCUAGUGCAGCUUGUACUUGUGGAGCAUUUUGUUCCAUCUCAAAAGAAGAGAGUUUAUGGGAAAAUGUUUGUUCAUCUGUGUGGCCUUCAACCAAUAGGGAGGAUGUCAAAAGUUUAAUAUCUUCUAUCGGUGGAUUCAGAAAAUUCUAUGCAGAUUGUUUUCCUCUUAUUGUAAACAAAGAGGUGGGUGAGUAUCAAUGGAACAACUAUCUUGAGUACCCUGAUGAUUGGACUGAGGCUGAAUAUUAUGGGGACACGAAUGAAUUCGAAAGCAUCUCUCCAUCAGAUUUUGUUUCUAUCGUAGAUAUCAGGUUUAAGGAGAAACCAAUCUGCUCCAAAGUUCAAUGGGGAAUUCCAAAUGCAAAUGGCCAUGAUGGUUGGUUCUCCAACUGUCCUUUUAGGAUUGAUCUUCUCAGUUAUGAAGAUAGAGAUGAUGACAACAAUGAUGGUGUGGUUACCCUUUCUGUAUCUGAUGGUCUUCCACCAAUUACAUCCAUGGAAAGGGAAAGGAAAGAUGGUAAGCUAUGGCAGGAGCUUCGUGAUGGUCUUCUUCUUAGUUGGAUUAUAGUAAACAGGAAGAUAAAGCAAGGUGCUAAUCUUGCUAGCUGGAGCCCUCUUGAUGGUCAAAGACAUUGGCCAACAGAUAAGGAUUUUGUUAUUCGCUUUGGAUCUGUUCUCACUGCCAAGGACAUUCUUCCUUCUCAGGUAGUGCAGUGCAUCCUUAUUAUGAAGUUUAGAGUGGUUCAGACUGAAGAAGAUGGGGUUCAAACAACUCUUGAAUUAACAGAACUCAGCAUGCAGUUGGAAGAUAUGGAAGGUGCUCGUGUUAAUGGAAGGAACAGUUUGCUUAUUCUUAAGGAGGCACUUAGCUGCCGAAGGAGCAAAAACUAUAGUGAAGCACUUGAGUCUUGUCAUAUGUACUCAAAAGUGCAAAAUGAGUUAAAAGAAGAGAAGAUGAGAAACGAAAAUAGGUUGGAUACACUUUGUAUUUUAAGUGGCAUUGCUGCUUUUAUGACAUUCUGGUACUACGUUUUGUGAAAUGGUAGGGACAUUGUUCAUUUUACUGGAAUAAGCUAAUGUUGCUCUAACAGAAGAUCAACACUACCAGUCUACCACUACUUUUUUUUUUUUUGUAAGAUGAGAUUCCUAAUAAAGUAAUUAAUUGAUAAA